GUUGGGACAUGGGCUUGAAGGCGGGCUCAUUCUUUCAACAAACCACGAUUAUGCCCUUGCUGUGUGCCGAGCACCGUGCCGCAUGCGGGGAGGCGGAGAGAGCCGGAAUGAGAGAAUAGCAGCGACCAUCACGGCGCGCUAGGGCACAGUAGGAGCCCUUUGCAGGAGCAUUUCAUCCUCCCAGGCACCUUUAUCUCCGUUUUCCGGGAAGGAAGUCCAAGUUUUGAGGAACCGGGUAAUUCGCCAGGCCACUCCACCCUCCGCCCCCGCUCAGCCCCCUGAACAUCCCCGUGGGCACCCUUCAGGGGCUUACUCUGUUGGGAACAUUAAGAACUCCGUGAGACUCUGCACGUCAACUCGGCACGUCUCAGCCUCUCUCUGGAGAACUCCAGAUGCUGGGGCUCAGGGCGCGCCCCCUCUGCGGCCAGGGGCACCCCACCUCCUGACACCUUCGGGAGUGGCUUGGAAGAGAAGCCGAGGAGGCCGACCGAGGCUCCGUGGCCGGGCUCCCUGGAAGAGCCUUCUGUCCGCGUCGACAGGAGCAUGUGGGGCCCCAGCGGCUCCACUCCCCCGAGCGGCACGCUGCGACUCCAAGUUUCUCUGCCUUCAAAGCUCGCGCGACGGCCACGCCGAAGACCCAAGCCUUGGGCAGAGGCCAAACGGUCACUUCCCCGCCCUCCCGGCGCAGUAUGCAAAUCCGAGCACCAGGAAGUAGCUGGGACCUCUCGGCCGAGCCCAGCGACAGCCAGUUCCUCUCCCGCCGCUCCGGGCCGCCGGCCGCUCGCUCCCCUGCCGUGGCGCCUCCGGGCCCGACGCGCUGCAGCCUCCAGCCCGCGGCAGGCGGGGCGGCCGCGCCACCCCGGGCCCCGAGCCCGCAGCCCGCCCUGCGCCGGCCCCGCGGGGCCGCCCCGUCGCGCCCCCCGCUCUGAACUCGAGUCACCGUGGAGCGCCGCCGCCGCCCAGCAACUUUCACCCGGAGCUGGAAAUAUGGGAUGUAUAAAAUCAAAAAGGAAAGACAAUCUGAAUGGCGAUGGAGUAGAUUUGAAGCCUCAACCAGUACGUAAUACUGACCGAACUAUUUAUGUGAGAGAUCCAACGUCCAAUAAACAGCAAAGGCCAGUUCCAGAAUCCCAGCUUUUGCCAGGACAGAGGUUUCAAACCAAAGAUCCAGAGGAGCAAGGAGACAUCGUGGUAGCCUUGUACCCCUACGAUGGCAUCCAUCCGGACGACCUGUCGUUCAAGAAAGGAGAGAAGAUGAAAGUCCUGGAGGAACAUGGAGAAUGGUGGAAAGCUAAAUCCCUUUCAACGAAGAGAGAAGGUUUCAUCCCCAGCAACUACGUAGCCAAAGUCAACACCUUGGAAACGGAAGAGUGGUUUUUCAAGGACAUAACCAGGAAAGACGCCGAAAGGCAGCUUCUUGCACCCGGGAACAGUGCUGGGGCUUUUCUUAUCAGAGAAAGUGAAACGUUAAAAGGAAGCUUCUCUCUUUCUGUCAGAGAUUAUGACCCUGUGCAUGGUGAUGUUAUUAAGCACUACAAAAUUAGAAGUCUGGACAAUGGGGGUUAUUACAUCUCUCCACGAAUCACUUUCCCUUGUAUCAGUGACAUGAUUAAGCAUUACCAAAAGCAGUCCGAUGGCUUGUGCAGAAGACUGGAGAAGGCGUGUAUUAGUCCCAAACCGCAAAAGCCAUGGGACAAAGACGCCUGGGAGAUCCCACGGGAGUCCAUCAAGUUGGUGAAAAGGCUCGGUGCCGGGCAGUUCGGGGAAGUCUGGAUGGGUUACUAUAACAACAGUACCAAAGUGGCUGUAAAAACCCUGAAACCAGGCACCAUGUCUGUGCAGGCGUUCCUGGAGGAGGCCAACCUCAUGAAGACCCUUCAGCACGACAAGCUGGUGAGGCUGUAUGCCGUGGUCACCAGAGAGGAGCCUAUCUACAUCAUCACCGAAUACAUGGCCAAGGGCAGUCUGCUGGAUUUCCUGAAGAGUGACGAAGGGGGCAAAGUCCUGCUUCCAAAGCUCAUUGACUUCUCUGCUCAGAUUGCAGAGGGAAUGGCAUACAUCGAGAGGAAGAACUACAUUCACCGAGAUCUACGAGCAGCGAACGUUCUGGUCUCUGAGUCACUCAUGUGCAAAAUUGCGGAUUUUGGGCUCGCUCGCGUGAUCGAGGACAAUGAGUACACAGCAAGGGAAGGUGCCAAAUUCCCCAUUAAGUGGACGGCUCCAGAAGCGAUCAACUUUGGAUGUUUCACGAUUAAGUCUGAUGUGUGGUCCUUUGGAAUUCUCCUGUAUGAAAUCGUCACCUACGGGAAAAUUCCCUACCCAGGGCGAACUAAUGCCGACGUGAUGACCGCCCUGUCGCAGGGCUACCGGAUGCCCCGCAUGGAGAACUGCCCCGACGAGCUCUAUGACAUCAUGAAAAUGUGCUGGAAAGAAAAGGCAGAAGAGAGGCCGACGUUUGAUUACUUACAGAGUGUCCUGGAUGAUUUCUACACGGCCACGGAAGGGCAGUAUCAGCAGCAGCCUUGACGCCCAGGGAGGCUCGUGGCCAUCGGCUGGGACGGCUGCCUCAUUCGAGAGGAAAACAUGACCGUCGCUGGUUGUGCUAGUCUUUCAUAUGCUAGGAUCAUCUACUGGCCCUGCUUCCUGAAAGCGAGGCCAAGUUACUCAGGAAGAACACUCUCGACAUGGGCAAGUAUUCUCUUUCUCAUCGGCUGAUGCCCACCGGCAGCCGCGCGGACCGCACCCAGCCGGCAACCUUGCUUCGCUAGACCGACGUCUGCCUUCGGAGAAGAAGCCACCUGUUCCGUCCAACAGGCACCCACCUCGGCCUCUUGUUUACAACUCGAUGUGGGACUCAUGGGCGCAGAGGCCCUCGCAGUGAAUCUCAAACAGUAGCAGAGUGAAACUCAUUCCUAAAAAGCGAAGUAACCAGACGCAGAUCACGACCCUCGUUUGCAUUUUCUCUCUGCCUUGGCUUAUCUGUUAAAAAGAAAAAAAAGAAAAAAAAAAAAUUACUAAUCCGAUCUGUUACGUUUUGCAGCUGAAGUCAGAAGGUUAAAAUGGUCUCUCCCAGAUUGCAGUGAUUUCCCCUGCCCCUAAAGUCUGAGGCUGUUAAAGAUUUUCCUUCCACGGAGACGGCUGGGAACUCCCAGACACGAAGCGUGCUCUCCUGUUCUGUUUCCUAUAGGAGUGUGUGUGGUUUGUGAGUGUGCACAGAUGUCAUGUGUCGCCACACAGACCCCACCGACGGCCAGGGCUGGCCCAGACCUCCCAGGAAAGAGAGAAGAACCAAAGGAACUGUUGGACCCUCAGAAGGAAUAUUUUUAACGGCCCAGCUUUUCAAUUCCCCAGUUUCCUAUCUGAGAGACUUUUUUGACCAUGUACUUUGGGUCAAACAAUAAGAUUCUAAUCUCUGCAGAGCCUUAUAAAAGGCCUUCUAAGACAUAAGAAUUCUCUUUAUUGCUUCCAAUGAUUUGAACGUUAUUUUAACGAUGGAAUGUUAAUUUUCGUUGUACCCGAGAAAGUAAAAACGCCAUAUUUGGGUCUAUUUUUGUGAUUCAGCCAUCUUUUCUAAAUUGUGUAAGGUGUGGGUGGGACUAUUUAUACGAGGAUACGAAAGGAACGGAAGUGACUGAAAGGCUCAAAUGAGCUCCUGCAGCAAGGGAGACGAGAGGUCUCGUUUACUAAGUUGUUCUACUGUGAGCUUCGAAUAGAAAAUGCUACAUCACAUCGUGUUUCACUUAUGCUGUCGUGUACAUACCUAAUAUUGCUGUUUUUUUGAUUUUAUUUGAAUACACCUGGCCCAGUAACA